GAGAUGCCUGGGACAGGGAGGCCACCUUCUCCGGGCAAAAGGAAAAGGAGGUGACAAACAUUGAGACUACUGAAGGGAACCCAUGGCUAGGAUCAGUUUUUUUUACCUCUGCCCAGCCUCCUGGUACUUCACUGUUCCCACAGUAAGCCCAUUUCUCCGUCAAUGGGUGGCAUUCCUGGGAGUAUUCUUCAUAUCCUGUCUCCUUUUACUUAUGUUAAUUGUGGACUUUCGACAUUGGGGUGCUUCAUUACCAAGCGAUAGGCUAUACAAAAGGUAUUUGGCUUGGGUAGGGGAGCUUGAAACUACUGACACUGAAGACCCAAAUUUGAAUUAUGGACUCAUGGUAGACUGUGGUAGCAGUGGCUCCAGGAUUUUUGUUUAUUUCUGGCCAAGACAUAAUGGUAACCCCCACGACUUGCUGGACAUCAAACAGAUGAGAGACCACAACAGCCAACCUGUGGUUAAAAAAAUCAAACCAGGAAUCUCUGCAAUGGCAGAUACUCCAGAACAUCCCAGUGAUUACCUUCGUCCUCUUCUGAGCUUUGCUGCUGCUCAUGUACCUGUAAAGAAACACAAGGAGAUGCGCCUUUAUAUCCUCUGUAUUGCAGGCAUGAGGCUUCUUCCUGAGAGGAAGCAGUUGGCUCUCUUGGCUGACUUAGUGAAAGAUUUACCGUUGGAGUUUGACUUCCUCUUUUCUCAGUCACAGGCAGAAGUGAUCUCCGGGAAGCAAGAAGGGGUUUAUGCAUGGAUUGGUAUCAACUUUGUUUUGGGAAGAUUCGACCAAGAGGAUGAAUCAGAUGCUGAGAGUUCCGAGGAAUCAGCCAUAGGACGCUGAAGGACAAUAGGGAUACUGGAUAAGGGAGGAGCCUCUCUCCAAAUUGCUUAUGAAGUUCCUACCUCAACCUCUGCCCUUCCUCCAGAACAGGAAGAAGCUGCCAAGACCCUACUGGCUGAGUUCAACCUGGGCUGUGAUGUACAACACACUGAACAUGUGUACAGGGUUUAUGUCACAACCUUUCUGGGUUUUGGAGGCAACUUUGCCUGGCAGCGCUAUGAAGAUCUUGUGCUGAAUGAAACAUUUAACAAAAACAGAGUACUGGGCCAGAAGACAGGCUUGAGUCCUGACAAUCCAUUUCUGGACCCCUGCCUGCCUGUGGGACUGACAGAUGUGAUGGAGAGAAACAGCCAGGUCCUACAUAUCCGAGGAAAGGGAGACUAGGCAACUUGUGGGCUGAUGCUGAGCCCUCUGCUUGCUCGCUCCAACACCAGCCAGGCUUCACUGAAUGGCAUUUACCAAUCACCAAUUGACUUUAAAAACAGCAAAUUCUAUGUCUUCUCAGAGUUCUUUUACUGUAAAGAGGAUGUGUUGCACAUAGGUGGCCGUUACCAUGGGCCAACAUUUGCCAAGGCUGCUCAGGAUUACUGUGGCAUGGCUUGGUCAGUACUAACUCAGAGAUUCAAGAAUGGCCUCUUUUCUUCACAUGCAGAUGAGCAUCGACUCAAAUAUCAAUGUUUUAAGUCGGCUUGGAUGUACCAAAUCCUACAUGAAGGAUUCCACUUUCCCUAUGACUACCCAAACCUGCGGACAGCCCAGCUGGUGUAUGACCGAGAAGUUCAGUUGACAUUGGGAGCGAUUCUCUAUAAAACCCAAUUCUUAUCAUCCAGGGAUCUUCGACAGGAAGGCGCCCGACAAGUCCAUGGUAACUGGUUCCAUCUCUCCUUUGUCUACAACCAUUACCUAUUUUUUGCCUGUAUCCUAGUGGUGCUACUGGCCAUUAUCCUGUACCUUCUGCGGCCCCACUGAAUUCACCACCGACAAACUCGAGCCUCAGCUCCCCUGGACUUGCUGUGGAUUGAAGAGGUGGUGCCAAUGAUUGAGGUACAGGUGGGACCAUGAGGCUGGACCAGAACUGAAGAAACUAAAGUAUCCCAGAGUUGCUGCUCAUUGAAUUCCUCCACUAUUUUUUUGUACUGGCCUCAGAUGCUGCUUUGACCUUGGAAUUUCUACUUUAAUUUCCAUUUUAAUUCCUUAGUACCCAGGUCCUCUUCUCAGAGAGAA